CAGGAACCCACGUGUGCAGCUAGCAGCACUGACUGAGGAGGUUUUAGUAUCAACAGAACCAAGAAAAGCCUCACAAAAGCUGCUUAACUGAACUUUUUUGGCUUCAUUGUGGUCGAGGACAUUUUUCAGGAUGUCUUCGUUCAGGAAAGCGUUGAAAUCCCGACAGAAAAACCACCAUGAAAGAUCUCAGCCUGGUUUUAGGAAACAUUUGGGAUUGCUGGAGAAGAAGAAAGACUACAAACUCCGUGCAGAUGAUUACCACAAGAAACAAAACACUCUUGCUGCUCUGCGAAAGAAAGCUCUGGAUAAGAACCCAGAUGAGUUUUACCACAAAAUGAUAAACGCAAAGCUGCAGGAUGGAGUUCACGUAGCGAAAAAAAAAGACGAGGAGGUGGAGGUGACCGAGGAGCAGAAGAAAGUGAUGAGGACGCAGGAUAUCAAAUAUGUGGAGAUGAAAAGGGUUGCGGAGGCUAAGAAAAUCGAGAGGCUGAAAGGAGAGCUCCACCUUCUGGAUGCAGACUGCAAACAGAAAAACAAGCAUACUUUUUUCGUGGAUUCUAAGAAAGAAGUGAAAUCAUUUGACCUGGCGACACACCUCAACACAGCUCCUGAGCUGGUGGACCGAGUGUUCAACAGGCCAACUCUGAAAACUCUGGAGACGAAGAGCAUCCAGGGAGCUGUAGAGCCUCGCGGUGUAAAGGCCUUGGCCAAGCAGAGGAACCACCAGUAUAAGAUCCUCUCCCAGAGAAUCGACAGAGAAAAGAAAAUGUUUGUAAUCACCCAGAAGAUCCAGACCCGCAAGGACCUGCAGGAUAAGUACAAGAAAGUGAAGGUAAAAAAGGAGACGCCCAACGCUGCAGCUAUCUACAAGUUUGAGGCCAAAAGGAAACGCUGAGAGAGAAUCACUAGCUGGGAAGAAAUCACCAACUUUUCCAUUGAGAUCCUGGUGAAAUAAUGGACUUCUACAUCAUUUUCUUUUCCCUAAGUGUUGUUCCAGCUAUGGAAUCUUGUACAUAUUUAUCAAAGACUUUUAGUUUCUUUCUAAUAAAUAUCAGAAGAACA